AUGACUGCUGCAUCUGUCACUGCUGUAAGGGUUGUGGCUGGUUCUGCUCGUGCUGUCAGAGGGGCAGCUGAGCUGGCACACUGUGAUUCGCUGUCUGAUGACGACGGUGCAUUUGACUCGCCGCGUUCCGAUUCGUUCCUAUCCCUCUGCUCGGACAACGACUGGGGAACGCCGGGUUCGGCGUUUGCGACGCCCAUGCUAGCGGCAUCCACCCCUUUGUUCACAGCAGGCUCUACUCCCGUUAUAGCAGGCUCCACUCCCACGUAUAGAGGCAGACCCCCCACUGUUGCUGCCAUUGCAGCUCGACUCGCCAGGCUAUCUUCGUCACCACAUGCUGAUGCAACAGCAGGCGCUGCUGAUGUGACCACGGUUGCAGAGGGAUCAGCUGUGGUUACGGUAGCUGCGGCUACAGCAGCUAUUGCUGUUGGUACAGAUGGGAGGCACAUGCCAGCAGCAGCAGGUGGUUCAGAGGAUACAGGUGCUACCUGUAGCGGCAGCAGUGGUGUCAGGAGUGACGGCUGUAGCAGCUACAGAAACGAUCCGUCGCUGCUGGCAGUGCUGGCAGAAUCCCGAGGGUUGGGGCAUGCCUCUGGGUUCGCUGGUGUGGUGGGAUUCUUUGAAGAGGGGGGAUUCGAGGAGGAGGAAGAGGAGGAGGAUGGAAGGAUGGGAGGAAGGGGUUAUGAAGCUAGGGAGGACGCUGUUUGGAGUGACUCGGGAAGGAUUGGUCAACGAGAGGGUGAGGGGGGUGUGGAGAGGGAGGGAGUGGGGAGAUGGGGAGAGGGAAUGAAUGGAUCCUGUCAGGCAGCAGAGGGUGAUGUUUCAGAGGCUGAUGGGAGUAGAGGCAAGCUGGCCUCUGCCAUGCACCAGCAGAUACACGGGAAUGGUAAUUCGGAGGGAAGAUUGCGCAUGGAUGCACCGUCAAGGGCAUGUCAGGAGGAGCAUGUCAUGCUGCCCGCUCCAGAGGAUUGGGGUUGCCUGGUGGGCGAUCUGGCAAGGCAGCUGUGGAUGGUGGGGAGAUUGUGGGAGAUGCGGGGGAAAUAG